AUGUCGGCAUUUCGUAACAUAGACGUAAAAUCACCACACAUACAAGAACUUCAACAAACCAUCCAAGUCGAGCUCGCAAAUCGCGGGUACUCUUCCGAAGAUGACCCGGUCAUGGCAGAAUACAUCGUGGUGAUGCUAGCGAAUCAAAAGACAGCAGAUCAGAUUACGGCAGAGUUGCAGGAUCUGGUAGGCGGGGAAUAUGAUGCGAGCUUUACCGGCUGGGUUUGGGAUGCUACGCAGCAGUGUUUGGAUAAUAGUGAUGCAGCGCAGGUGCAGCAGGAAGGUGAGGCGAGUGGUAGUGCUGCUCCUGCUGCUGCUACACCAGUGGUACGAGGCGCAAGGAGUACAAGGCAGAGGAGGAGUAGGUCUCCACCAUCGACUAGAGCAGCCGGGCGAGGUGGUAGAGAGGAGGAGAGGACAAGCAGGUCACCAACUGCUACGAGCUCAAAGCGGGAGGGUGCAGGAAGGCGGAGUCGAAGUCGAUCACCGGCUUCCUUACCAUGGGGUAGAGGAGCACCCAGACCUCGAGAUUAUACCGAUUUGGAUUCGUUCCGAAAGUCAACUUCACUACGCCGAGAUGACGAUAAAGACUUUGAUGGAGCAGCAUUCUGGAGACAAAAGGCGCAGGAGAAGAGGAGAAACCCACCACCACCCGUGCUGAGGCAUGGUCCACAACAAAUUUUUCAAGCUGCGUAUGGUCGAGCUUUACGCAAUAGCACCAAUGCAAAUGCAAAUGCAAAUGCAAAUGCAAAUGCAAAUGGGAAUGGGAAUGGCGAACGGCAACUCUUCCCUGACUCGUCACAGCGUCUGCCAGCAUACGAAUCAGCUCCAGCAUCGGCGGCGGGGGGAGUCAGCAUCUUUGGCAGAGCAGGCAUCCCUGAUCCUCGUGCGCCUGCCUUCGUUCCCAACGUCUCCCUAGCCCCUUCUUCGGCAUGGAAUGGCACAUCAAUUCUGGCUAGGAUAGACCCAAUGCUACCGAACAACGAACCAAUCCCACUUCCCACCACCACAAUCACCACCUCGCAGCAUUCAUCAGACUUCCCAGCUGCCCCAACCGAAACCUCAACCUGUCGUUGGAACGUAGGCUGCACAAACCCUAUGUGUCCCUAUUCUCACGCCUCUCCCGCCAACGCUAGUCCGGGUGGAGAUCCAAACGCACUCGUCCUCAGCCAGCAAAACUGUCGAUAUGGCGCAGGAUGCACGAAUAAAGAUUGUACUCGGAGCCACGUUUCCCCCGCCGUAGCUAAGAUUUCUGCUCACAACCCUCCACCGACUGCACCAUCAGCAACAGCAACAUCUACAGCGGGAGUGUUAUCAAUGGACACAGCUCUACCGAAUGGGGCUGGAUCCAGACCGUGUAAAUUCGGCAUAGCCUGCACUCGAGCUGAUUGCUUCUUUUCUCAUCCUCCUGGUCGAAGCAAUGGUGGAAGUGGGGCAGUGCAGUGUAGAUUCGGCUUAGGCUGUACGAGGAAGGAAUGUUAUUACGCUCAUCCACCAGGUCAGAGAGCUGCUGAUGCACAGCAGCAUGGGGGGACGAGCAAUAGGCUACAAGCUUUCGCGGGGGAGGUUGAGGAGAUGGAAGUGAUCAUCCCUGGCGCUGGUGCAAGUCAGCAGAGGGAAGGAACAGCUGCGUCAUCUACAGUCGCUAGCACUUGGCCUGGAGUGGAAGCUUGA